CAUGGAAACACUAGCUGACCGUCGCUCCAGCGAUGAGGUGGACAGCCGCCGCUCCAUGCAAACAUUAGCAAACCGUCGCUCCAGCGAUGAGGUGGACAGCCGCCGCACCAUGGAAACAAUAGCAAACCGUCGCUCCAAGGAUGAGGUGGACAGCCGCCGUGAAAGAAAUGAAGUUAACAGCCGCCUCGUCAUGGAAUCAUUAGCAAACCGUCGCUCCAGCGUUGAGGUGGACAGCCGCCGCUCCAUGCAAACAUUAGCAAACCGUCGCUCCAAGGAUGAGGUGGACAGCCGCCGUGAAAGAAAUGAAGUUAACAGCCGCCUCGUCAUGGAAUCAUUAGCAAACCGUCGCUCCAAGGAUGAGGUGGACAGCCGCCGCACCAUGGAAACAUUAGCAAGCCCUCGUUCCAGGGAUGAGGUGGACAGCCGCCGCACCAUGGAAACAUUAGCAAACCGUCGCUCCAGGGAUGAGGUGGACAGCCGCCGUGUAAGGAAUGAAGUAGAUAGCCCCCGCGCCAUGGAAACACUAGCUGACCGUCGCUCCAGCGAUGAGGUGGACAGCCGCCGCUCCAUGCAAACAUUAGCAAACCGUCGCUCCAGCGAUGAGGUGGACAGCCGCCGCACCAUGGAAACAAUAGCAAACCGUCGCUCCAAGGAUGAGGUGGACAGCCGCCGUGAAAGAAAUGAAGUUAACAGCCGCCUCGUCAUGGAAUCAUUAGCAAACCGUCGCUCCAGCGUUGAGGUGGACAGCCGCCGCUCCAUGCAAACAUUAGCAAACCGUCGCUCCAAGGAUGAGGUGGACAGCCGCCGUGAAAGAAAUGAAGUUAACAGCCGCCUCGUCAUGGAAUCAUUAGCAAACCGUCGCUCCAAGGAUGAGGUGGACAGCCGCCGCACCAUGGAAACAUUAGCAAGCCCUCGUUCCAGGGAUGAGGUGGACAGCCGCCGCACCAUGGAAACAUUAGCAAACCGUCGCUCCAGGGAUGAGGUGGACAGCCGCCGCGCCACGGAAACAUUAGCAAAUCGUCGCUCCAGGGAUGAGGUGGACAGCCACCGCACCACGGAAACAUUAGCAAACCGUCGCUCCAGAGAUGAGAUGGACAGCCGACGCGCCAUGGAAUCAUUAGCAAGCCGUCGCUCCAGGGAUGACGUGGACAGCCGCCGUUCCAUGGAAACAUUAGUUUACCGUCGCUCCAGGGAUGAGGUGGACAGCCGCCGUGUAAGGAAUGAAACAGACAGCCCCCGCGCCAUGGAAACACUAGCUGACCGUCGCUCCAGGGAUGAGGUGGACAGCCGCCGCUCCAUGCAAACAUUAGCAAGCCGUCGCUCCAGGGAUGAGGAGGUCAGCCGCCGCUCCAUGGAAACAUUAGCUAACCGUCGCUUCAGGGAUGAGGUGGACAGCCGCCGCGCCAUGGAAACAUUAGCAAGCCGUCGUUCCAGGGAUGAGGUGGACAGCCGCCGCGCCAUGGAAACAUUAGCAAACCGUCGUUCUGGAGAUGAGAUAGAUAGCCGCCGAGCCAUGGAAACAUUACAUGGCCGUCGCGCCAGGGAUGAGAUAGACAGUCGCCAUUUAAGAAAUGAAGUGGAUAGAAGCGGUAUGGAUACAGUUCUUCGCACUCGUUUUGACAACAGUAUCAUUCUUAAUUCGAAUAGAAUGGUAUCGAAGUGUAGAAAAAUGAUUACCAGUUUUGCGAAUGACCGUAGACCUCGAUUAACUGAUCUAAGUGUAAAUCGAAACUCUGUGACGCGUGUUGACUUCUUUAUACGCAGAAAUAUAUCUGGAGUUUUUAGAGAACAUCUAUCUAACGAAAAAAAUAUAAUGGAACAAGAUACAACGUAUGCACGACUUCAAAAUAUCAGAGCAUCCAGAAAUAACGAACAGGCACUUUCUACGAAUGAAGAACUGAAGUAUCCUCAAGACAUCUUGCCUAUUAACUGGCAACAUGUAUUAUACACACUUCAAGCGAUUUAUUUAUGCGGCGUACUUGUGCAGAUUUUCAAUGAAAAUGUAUCGAAGAAACAUAAAACAAAAUCUCUCUCCUGGUGGAUUCCUCAGACAACUUUUAUUAAGGUCAACUAAGGUUUCAACAUAUCGAAUAUAGAGCUAUGCCAAAAGACCACUUGUAUUGUUAAAAUGGAUAAAUUGUAAUAUUAUAUUGUA